AAUGCAACUAAAACACUUGUUUUGUAAACUACCCUAAAAUAUAGGAGGCUGUCUUUCCCUUUGACUUUUUGCCUUAGACAGUUUGACCUUCUCUUUCUCAAUCUCCAUGCUUCUAUCCCGAAUAAAUAAAUAAAUCCCACGAAAAGUUUCACAAACUUUAUUAGUUUCACAGCUCAAAUUAACCUGAAAACUUUAUAAAGUACAUCAAAUCUUUCUGCCCUUUCAGUCUCUCCCUGCUUUCUUUAGAGAAUCUCUUUAGAUUAGAUGGCAGAUGUUAAUAGAUUAUCAGCAUUACCGUUUCGUUCUUCUUCAGCUUCGUUGCUCACAUCCUUUGCAUCCACCUUGAGCUCUCGACAACUGGGUCUUCCACCCAAUUUUAAUCCAGAAAGGAAAAGCUGUUCUUUGUCUUCUUCUUCUCCUUCGGUUGCCGGUGUUUCUAGCCUUCCUUCGACUUCCAGGAAACAAUUGCUGUCUUUCAAGGUUCAUGCAACUAUCACUGAAACAAACCAGCCGAAAUGGUGGGAAAGGAAUGCAGGACCAAAUAUGAUUGACAUUCACUCCACUCAAGAGUUUUUGAGUGCCUUAAGUGAAGCUGGAGACAGAUUAGUAAUUGUUGAAUUUUAUGGAACUUGGUGUGCUUCUUGCAAAGCUCUAUUUCCUAAGCUCUGCAGGACAGCCCAAGAAAACCCUGAAAUUUUGUUCCUCAAAGUCAAUUUUGAUGAGAAUAAGUCUAUGUGUAAAAGUUUGAAUGUGAAGGUGCUUCCUUAUUUCCACUUCUACCGUGGUGCACAUGGUCAACUGGAAUCAUUUUCUUGUUCGCUAGCCAAGUUUCAGAAAAUAAAGGAUGCUAUCCAAACUCACAGACAACCGCAUUGCAACAUUGGUCCGUCAAAGGCAGUCGGAGACCUGAAUCUCGAAUCCGUAUCUGCACCAAUUGAGAAGCCAGCUGUGUCAACCCAAACAAGCGAUUCGUUAUAAAGCAUGUGUCUCCAUAUGUGCAUUUCCAUGUAUAUUGCACAUCCAGUCGACACUCAUUUUCAGCUUAUCUUAAUAGUAUUCCUGUAUAUUGGCAUUUUUCUGUGUAAAAGAAUACUCAAGUAGAAAUUCGUAGCUUUGCAGCAUUCUUUUCGUA